AUUGGCAACACUGACGCUUGUUUUGACAUGAUUCUGUCAUGUAGAUGUCUUCUGUCUACGUACAUCUGCUGAUUUCGUUUUAAUUAUAGAUCCACUGUGAACUAUCAAGACCAUUGGAUUUGCAGUGAUGCAUUCUCAGCAUGAUGGUGGAGACAGUGAUAGUGACUGGGACAGUACACUGGAUUUCACCUCUCCACGUCAAACAGGACCACAUAUGCCUCCUCAGAUACAGCUGACAGAGGAAGAAGACAAUGAUGACUUCAGUAGGAAUGAAUCUGUCAGGUCCAGCAUUCAGAAACCAAAGCCAAAAGAAAGGCUUCCUGCAUCAGCCAAUCAGCCGGUGCCUGCUGCAAGAGAUGAUGAAGACGCAUCAGUAAGAAGUAACCUGUAUGCCACGCCUCAGAAAGUAAAAAAUGGUAACAGGUCAAAUCAAGGGACUCCCAAAGGAUCAAGGUCUCAUCUUGGAGAAAAUGAUGGGGACCCUCCUCCAUACAACUUUAGAGGAGCUUUGAAUGGGGCAAUAACUCCUGACAGAGGACGCACUGCUGCACCACCUGGGCAUGACAGAAGAGAUAAUAUAUAUGAUACUGUAUCGGUAGACAGGGCUCCAAGCCCUUCUCCAGCCCUGGCAGGGAAACGUCCUACAGAAAAAUCCAUGGAUAGUAUGGGAUCUUGGGAUGACUCUGAUCAAGAUGAGAGGACUUUAAGAGAACUCAGAGAGAACUUUCGACAGGAAAAACAAAAAGAACAACAGGCGGAAGACCUAAGGCUCAAAUUGCAGCGAGAGGCAGAACAAGCCAUGGAGAAACAGGACGAAGGUCAGGUGACUAAUAGGUCCGAGGCUACGUGGAAAAGCUGGGCUAGUGGUGGACGAGGCAAGAAAAAGGACACAACAGCAAAUCGGAGUAAAGCUAGGAAGUCGGAAGCUGCCACAGCUGUUAAGGACCAAAGAAUUGCACUGAAGGCUGAAACACCUCGUACCCACCGGGACAUAUCAUUGGCGAUAGGUCAAGGUCAGGUCAUCGAGCCAAAGGUCACACAAGAAGUGGUUCAAGGGGUGUCCAGAAUUGAGUCUGUAUCUCCUAGUAAAGACUUAGCUAUGGAAACGCCGGCCUACAUUGACCCGCCGUUCAUUGUGAAAGACGAGGAUGGACGAAGUGUGUAUUACUUCGGCCACGGCAGUCUACAAUAUUACGAAGUGGAAGAUGACGCAAAUGAAGCAUUCAUGCCAAAAAUUGCUGAAAAAGCUGAAAUGGUUUUACAGCGAAUAUAUCAGGAGUUUUUCGGAUUACUGCGUAUCCUUACAAGUGUUGUUAUUUUGUUAAUUGUUGAACUUUUAAAAUACAUAAUAAAAUACAUCCUUCAGCCACUCAUUGUAGGAGUAUUUGGGACCCUUGGUGACUACAUAGCCAAACCUCUUUUUUCAUUAGCUUUCAAUGGCUUUGUCCAUCCCUUCGGAGUGUUUAUGUGGAAUUGUUUUAUGACAUUGCGACACAUGUUUAGCCCGAUCGCAGAGAUUCUAAGGAAGGUAUUUAUACAGUUGGCGAUGCUGUGUCGCUCCAUUCGCUGUGUGGAGAUUCAUUGGAAGACAAAUCGCUCCGAGGAGAAGAUAACAGAUUUAACCCAAGUAUAACGAGGACAUAUAUAUAUUAUAUACAUGUACCUCCAUAUGUGCUGUUGUUACACGGACCAUCAUAAAUAUAUUUUGUCUAUCACAUUUAAUAUUCAAUACCACAAAUCUGGUUAUUUCCUGGGUGAAUUUUUUUUCUCUCAAAAUAUGAAAAUUAUACACAAAAUUCUCAAAUUUUGUUAGCGGCAAGUGUCGGAGAUAAUAUUGAAUUUUCUCUAAUGUUUUUGUAAAUGUGCAUGCCUGAUGAUGACGUUCAGCAAAAGAAAGUUGGUAGCAUUACUAGCAUAUGCUAGUGACCUGUUCCUAGUUGGUAUUUUAUUUGUUACCUAUAUGCAUAUACAUGUAUAUAUACUGAUCUCCGUGCUUUAUCACACCCGUCAUAAAACAUGCAAUAUAUUUUCUUAAAAAAAACAAUACCAGAUUAAUUAUUUGAUCAUAAAUACAAGCUUUCAAAUGAUCAGUGUCAAUUUGGUAAUAACACAUCCUUGCAUUGUAGUUUGCUCUUAUACAAAUAAUAAACAUUGUGCUUGACAUUUAUGUAAGACCUAUUAUUUCACAGACCAAAUAAUCAUAAUUGCAUUAUAUAUACAGGUAUAUGCCAUUAGAAUAGGUAAUUAGUCAUCCCCAUGGAAAUACUGUUAUACAGUAAUUUUAGUUGAAAUUUUGGUGUAAUAAGAUUUGGCCAAGGGUACCUAUGGUAUAAAAUAAUGAUGAAUUGUUUAGGUCCAUUGAAGAACCUAUAUGUAUAUACACUAGUAUUUAAUCUCAACAUUGAAUUAUUCAUUUAGAUGAUCACAAACCAAGCCCAAAUUUCACAUAUGUAACUUAACUUUGGAAAUUCAUUAACUUAAAUAUAUAAAACCAUACAGAUAUUGCCCAAGUAAAAUUUAUGUGCUUGAACAAUGCUUCCAUAUGGACAAACUAAUUCAGAAGUCAAUGAAGCUAGUACUUAGUAGCUCUUACUUAUGGAUUCACAUAUCAUACGAUUUUUACAAAGCAAUUAUCAUAAAAAUCAAAUACAUCUACCAGGUACAAUGUACAAUAUAUAGAAAAAUAUUAAUGAAAUAAAAUGUAUAUCUAAAUCCAUUUUUACCAAAUACUCUACUUAAAAAGCAAUUUGUUAUCACAUAGGCAGUAAAAAAUCAAAGGACAGCAAUACGAGUUUUGUGAUUUUGUCAUUUAACUUUCUCUUCCUUUUUAUGUCAUAAUGAGUUGUACCGAAAAUAUUAUAUACCAGGUAACAUAUUUAUGCCAAGGUCACUGUUACUAUUUUUAGCUGGGUCCGGUAGGGGACGAAUAUUGAUUUAGCAAUACCCAGUAUGUCUGUUUAUAUUUAUACGUACCCACCUGACAAAUUGUACAUGAACAUUGUUCCACAGCAAUAUACACUUGACAGUGCUUAUUCCAAUUAAUUUUCUAUGCAGUAAUUUCAUUCGUCCAUUAGUAAUAACUUGUUAAUCAGUUAUAUGCUAUCUUCUAUGCAAUAUACAUCGUACAUAUAAAUACACCUGUCUGAUAAGGUACAUAAAUAUUAUAUUAAAUUUUUGAGUUGGAGAUUUAAGUUUUGACUGCAGUAAAACUAAGUUCUUGUUUAAAUUAUGUACAAAACUAUUUUACUAUGAUUAGUUGUUCUGCAAAAUUUUAAUAUACAUCUGUUAAACAGUGUUUGGUUGUGAUUUAUUGAGAUAAUUUGGUUUUUUUUAAAUCUGUUUUUUUUCAACAACUGCUAUAUCAGGGUUUUAGUGUUGAUGCAGUUGAAAUAAUAUUUCUUAAACUUGCUGGAUUUUAUUCCCGCUGUUUGAUGAAUUAUGAUAAUUCAUGUUCAUUUGAUCAUUACAUAUUGAGAUCAAGCAAUUGGAAACCACUUGGGCCUUUCUGUCAUCAUGUGAUGGACAAUCUUGAGUGGUUUUAGAAUUGGAGAUCAAGUAAACAUUCAUAUUCUGUUGUUUUUAUUGUUAAGUAUUAAUAUAAUUGUCUUAUUUUAUUAUGGUUAAAGAAAGUUGUGUUGUGAAAUAUAUAAUUUGCCUACCUAUCAUUUCAAUAUGUCAUAUACAUGUGUAAUUGCAAUAUUGCCAUGGUAACCUACAUGUACAAUGUAGUGUUGGACCACAUAACCAUAAGUUACAGGUAAUCCCACACUAGGAACUGGAGUUGCUGUUAGUGACAGAAAAGUGACAUUAUGAUAAUAGAACUCUGAUGACACAGACUCAACAUGCAACGAUUGUGAACAAUCAUGGCCUUUAAGCAAACCCGUCAUUUUAUCUGAAUAUUGAUGAAAUUAGGGCAAGUUACGGUCAGAGAUGUCUUCAUAACCAUUCUUCUCCUGAUAAGAAACCCAUCUUCCGUGAAGAAGAAUAAGACUCUCUACAUUUCAACAUGCUUCUGAUCUGAAAGUUCACUGUCACCUAAAAAACAACAAAACAACCCUUUUUUGACUUGUUGAAAUAUUAUAAGUGAAACAGAAACCUUAAACUUUACAUUCCUUGAAGAUUGUUUUUCUUUUUUUUUGUUAGUGACAAUGGGAAAUUUCCAUGAAAAUAACCUGCCCGGAAUAAGUUUCAGAGGGGUUAAGGGAGGGACCAAUUCUCCAAAUAUUCCAAAAAUGUAUAAAAACUUUGUCUUUUUUUAAUAUGAAUCAUCCCUUCAAAAAUGUCACUCUGUAAAAGUUUGCUCUCAAUUUAACGAAAUUUCUAAAAAGAUAUGGUAUUGCAAAACUGUUACUUUCUGGGAAUUUUAAGAUAAUCAAUAACUGUAUCAACUAUUAAUACACCAUAAAAUCAUUACCAUACAGAGUUAAUAGACAAUAUAAUACAAUAUUUCAAUGAUAUACAUUUUUUGUAUUUACCGAAUUUCAAAACAUUUUUCUGUAAAGUGUUCUGGAAAUUAUGGAUUGCAGUGUAUUUUCAAUAUGUUUUAGCUGGGUCAAAAUCUAUCAUCAUUGUUGAUAUAUAUUUCUCAUUGUCUUUAUUUUCUUAUCCUUAUUCCUAGUGACGGUCACACUAAAGUCAUACAUAUGAUUCAUAGCAGGGACUUGAUAAAAAUGUCCAACCCUUGGUCCAUACAUUUAGACCAUGGGUUGGACAUUUGUCCCUGUGAUUUGAUUUACAUGAUCUCUCCCCACCCUGGCUGUGGCCGUUGUAAUACCACUAAAGUAUCACCAUUCGAUACUGUGUAGAUAGAAAAUGGUUGAAAUUGUAUCAAAUGUUACACGAGUUAUAUUUCUUUAGUACCAUAUGCAUGAAUACAUAUCACCUAUUAGGAUAUCUAAAUUAGGUAUUUAUUGAAAUAUUGUCUUAACACUUAAAGACAUAUGUGUUAUAUCUUGUCGAAACUACCGCGAUAAUUGAUAGAUAUUUAUCAAGAAUUUAUCGACAUUGUAUAUAUGUGUAACAGACGCCUUCAUUGAUGGAAGUAGUUCUAUAAGUAAUAUCACAUUAUUAUGUAUUUAUAUCAUAUAUAAAUAUAAACUAUAAUAUCAUAGGAAUAUAUAAUAUAUAUAUCAUAUAAAUGUAUUAUUGUAGGUAGAACAACACUCAAUUAUACAAGCCUGUAUCCGUAACUGUUGUGGCUGUAUUCUGACACGAAAUCUACGUGUUAUAACUAUACUGGGAUACAUUGAAAACAUUAUUAUCCAUAUGUAUAAACCAGAUAAGGAUUUGGAAGCGAUUUGUGUUUAUUGUUAACAAUGCUCAGCCAAUGUGUAAUUGUGAUUCGAUAAGUAGUUAAUGUCUACAAUAUAGAUAAAUGUUCGCUAACUAUAGGAACUACUAUCAUACUAAAAUUAGCUGGCAGAUAAUGGGUGGUUGUUUCUAAUUGGUAUUGGUACUGAUCUAUACAAUUUUCUGUAGAAUAUAUUCUAAUGAACUUCUUAGAAUAACACAGUUCAUGCAUAGGAUAGAUGUAAUUCAUAAAAGAAAACGGCAUGAAAACUUAAUGUGAUUAGUGAUUUUAUCAAACUCAUUCAAAUGUCUUAUUGCUCAGCAAUCGGCUUAGAAAAUAUGUGAAACAAUAUAUAAAUUCCAUUGUGACAAGUCGCUUUAUGUUUACCUAUUUGCGUAUAAUGACACGUGAGGUUAUUCCUAAUCACUGUACACGUGUAUAGCGUAUGGUGGCGUAAUGUGGUAUUAACACGAUUGGAUUUUCUCUAUAUAUUUUUUAUGAACGUAUUGUUUUGAUUAAUUAUGAUUGCAUAGUUUUAGCUUAUUUUCCUUGACAUUUUAAUAUCUGCUUUGCGAUUCUUUCUUAUUUUAGGUAUUUUUAUGCAAUUUGUAUACAGGACGUUUCUGUUGAUGCCAUUUUACUCUUUUGUUGUUUUUCUUGAACAAAACUUAGAUUUCGUUGCAUCCGUCCAUGAUUGAUAUAUGUCUGUAAAUUGGUCAACAGACGACAAACCAGCAGAUCUUAAAUGAGAUUUGUAGUAUUUGUUUAUAUAGGUUGUUUUUGAGUUGUUGCUGAUGUCUAUACAAGCUACUACUAUAUAUAGAUUCCCACGAAAUCAUCUUUAAAGGAGGCUUAUAUGGAUGAGGUAUUUUCGUUGACAUUUUGUGGUUACUAUUAAUCCACUGUCAGCAAACCAAUGUCUUCAAGGUAAAAUUAUCAGCAAGAUUCUUAUCUCUUUAUUGCUUCAAAAAGUAAGUUUUAUCAAUAUUAAUGCAAGAAGUAUGCAUUUUGAAAUGAAUAUGAAAUAAGUCUUGAUUUACUAUAGUGAUAUAACGAAGAUUAUUUUCUAAGAUUUGUUUAUCUUCCAAAAUGACGAAAGUAGUACGUUUUGAAAAUGAAAACUAUCCACAGUUUAACGUUUUUCUCACAAAUUCCCUGAACUAAGGAUCAGCUAGAAUUAUACUCCACUACAAAAGUAUGAACAUACCGCCAUAGCUUUGGUGAUUCAGAAUUAUUUUAAGUUAUGAAUUCGAAUUUUUUGAAUUUCAGAAAGAUUGAGGUUUGAUUCCAGGUCUAACUCGCACAAGAACAGAAUGUUCUGUCAUUAUUCAUUAAAUGAAAUACAGUGUAAUUAACUUAUAAUUGUUAAGUUUGAUAUUUCGAGCGAAGAAACAAUGCUCGCCUCUGAGCUGGGACCAAAACUUGUGACAGACAUACAUUACCAGAUAGAAUUGAUGGAAGGUGUAGAUAUCUUGUGAUCAAUUCAAUCAAAUUAGACAUCCUCCCUGCUUUCAGAUUAAAUGUUUCAUAAUGAUGCUAAUCAAACAAUGGGCAGCUAUUGUGAUUUGAUUAGGAACAGUAUAUGAUAUUUGUUAUUUUGUACGUGUAUAUUUUGUAUGUUAUAUUUAGCUUUAUACAUUGUUUCUUGUUCGGUGCGAAUAAAUUCUCCACAUAAUU